GAUCCCUCAAUUUUUCCAUCGGCGACUCUGGAAAUUGGCUGCAAUGGCGUACGUCGAACGAGGUCGGUCGUCCCUCUCUCUCUCCUCCCCCCCCCCCCCCCCCCCCCCCAAUCUUCUUCUCUCAUCAGAUCAUGUGGGCUCUUUAGGUUUCUUUGAUUGGGUUCCUUGUGAAGUGAAUAAUGAUCGUUAAUGUUUCCUUUUGCGGUAUCUCCAGAUUAGGGAUUUACAAAUUUCAUUCCCAGAUUACCCGUUCGAGGACCUCAAAUAUUCUUCGGCUUGUAAUUAAGGUCGUUUUAGCAUUGGGUUUCUUGGGUUAGGAUGAGGAAAUCAGCUUUGAUGGAAGUGUUGAAACUAUAGGAAUAUUGAAUGGGUAUUUCUAUCUGGACCCUUUAUUAUUCCUCUUGGUAGGAAGAUUCGGUCUCGUUAUGUUUGAUGAGAUAUGGCACAGAAUUAAGGUCGUUACUGUGGUUAGGAUAUAUCCCAUGAAUUGCUCAGAUCAGAUAUCUUGAAAAGAUGUCUUAUUUCCUGAUGGAAGAAGCUUUCACUCUUUUCUCAGCCGGUCAAGCUCUUUAUCAUCCAUAUUUUGAUGGCGUUGUGAAGUCACAGAAAUCCUUAUGGCGACUGAAGACAUUCACAGACUUCUUUUGGGCAAUCAUCAACUUGAUUUCUGUGUUCUUUGCUACCAUGUUUUCAAUGGAAAAAUCAGAUGCUUAUCGGAAAGGGUCGGGUGGUAGCAAGAAAUGGGACGGCGGAGGACCUGGAGGUCCUGGAAGUGGACCGUAUGGCGGUGGGCCGCGUGGGCCACCGAGAGGAGGACUAGACAACGUUCGAGGACUGAGGGAUGUUCGUGGGGGUGAUCACAGUUCCUUGCCUGCUUGUGGCUCCUGCUGUGGCUAAAUGGAGAGUGAUGCUUUCUUCUUUCAUUUCUGGCGAAUGCUUCAUCUUCUCCUUCUUCUUCUUCUUCUUCUUCUUCUUCUUCAGUUUGGAGAAUGUAACGUUCUCUAAUAUGUUGGAGCGACAUGUAUAGAACUCAAACUAUAUACUCUGCCUGUCUAUUUUGAUGUAAAAGUUCUUAUUUUCGGCAUAACUGCUGAUUCGAUUGAAGAAAUAGAUAAUCAGCGUCCUUUGUACUUAUUUUGGUGUUUGUGUGUGGAACCGUGGGUAAUUUGAUUCAAAAUUUUUCGGCCAAGCAUUAGCACUAACUCAUUGAAAUUGAGAUGAACCAUUCAACCCAAGUACCUCGAAUUCGGUCCAUCCUAAACGAGAAGCAGAAAACCAGAAAGAGGAGAAAGCACCAAUGCCAGCGAGUGGGAUAGUUUCCAGAACAGAGAAAAAAAAAUGGAAGCAAAGCAGAGCAUGGAGGAAGGAAGGAAAGGACAUUGAAU